AUGGGGAAGGGUGCCCGAUCAAAGCGCGGCCCUCGUGGGCCUGCAAAGAAGCAACACACGCCGAGGCACCGCGCUGCGGAAGUGGACCCCGCUCUGGUCGAGUUGUACCGCAGCACACGGCAACCCGUGAAGAAGAGUCAACUCUUCGAGCAGCUGCGGGAGCAAAAGAAGGACGCCAAGCGUGUCCGCCGCGAGGCGCGGGAGAGGGAGCGGAAACAAUUGAAGGAAAAUGCACCAGCAAAGGCGAUCCCAAAGACGAAGGAGCGUCUGCGUCGUCCUGAUGUCACAAUAGUUGAGGAAAAGGACGACGCUGAGAUUGUGCGAGACGAGGCGGAUGACGAGUUUGCGGCGUACUACAACGAGGCACGGAAGCCCUCUAUUCUCAUUACAACCGGUGAGCAUCCUUGUUUUCGUACAAAACAGUUUGUGAAGGAGGCGCUAUGGCUAUUUCCAAACUCCACCUAUCGCCCGCGUAAAGACUACACAUUAAAAGAAAUUACACAGUUUUGCAUCAACCGUGAGUUCACCGAUUUAGUCGUUAUCACCGACCGACUGAAGGAGCCUUACAAUCUUAUCAUCUCACAUCUCCCAGAGGGCCCCACGGCGACGUUCCGCCUAUCAAAUUUUAUGGCACACGCACAGCUGAAGGAUCCAGCCCCGCGGACCGAGCACUACCCAGAGCUUAUAUUCAAGAACUUUGACACACGCCUGGGUCGUCGCAUUCACCGCAUGUUGGAAUGUCUUUUUCCUGCCACUCGGGACUACGCCGGACGCGCCGUAGCAACAUUUCACAAUCAGCGUGACUAUAUUUUUAUGCGAACGCACCGUUACAUAUUUGAUAGUCUGGAAGCCGUACGUAUCCAAGAGAUGGGACCCCGUUUUACGAUGCGGCUGCUUUCGUUGCAGUUGGGAACCUUUGACACGCAGUUUGGGGAGUACGAGUGGUUUCGCAAGAAGGAGCAUGACUCAGACAAGCUCGAGUGGUAUAUAUAA